CGAGCGAGGUCACGAGGCGAUAAAUUGGCCGGGCUCUUAAGAUUAUUAUUCUGAAAGUUCCGAAGACCCGCGAGCGAAUGAGGAUUUUUGGGCGCGUUCACAUAUGUGCAUAAGUAUUACACGUAUAUUUGUACUAAAAACGACGUUAUUCUUCGCGCGAGAGUAAAUAUUUUAUUUACAACGAUGACGAUGAGGAGAUUGAUCGAUCGUCGAGUGUCACUUUAGGAGGCGCGAAAUAAGGAGAGAGAGAGAGAGAGACGGAGAAACAGCUGAUUUUGACAUUUGAUAUUUUUUCCGCUUUUUCUUGCAGAUUCCCUUUUUGGAAUAUUCAAUUUAUUUCGCAUCGCAAAUAUAACCGAGCAAUCUAAGAAUAGCGAUCGAUAAAAGGACGACAGAGAGGGAGAGUGAAAAUUAGAAGGCGACCGAGAGACGGAGAUAGAAGAAGAUAGGAAAACGGAGGAGGGGGAAGUAUAUAUAACACAUAUCGGACGCACCACACGUCGUUCUCGUUCUUGGGUCGAGGACGAGAGAGGCGCGAAGGAAUUAACCACGGCCUGUGUUUAUAUGAUUCCCGAUGAGGUGAAUGGGACCGGGAUCGGAUACAGUGUAAGGGUUCGAGCUGCGAGAAAAUUGGACGGCGGGUGCGAUAAAAGUGCCUUUUCUGUCAUCAACGCGCGCGCAAAAUGUUUUUCCUCCCCCAGACAGAUUCUUUUCUCCCCCAGUCUCAGAGAGACGGAGCGAGGCUGAGACAGCGAACGGCGAAGAGGACGUCGGUCGAGUUACCUUACGAGAGCAAGAUCAUCUCGAAGAAGCAAGACGUACUGCCAAACGAGACCCAGCAUCUCCUUUUCGUCCUCACGUUCUUUCUCUUCGUGUCCUUCAUCAUCAUCGUCUUGGAGAGAAAUCUGCCUGAACCGAUUACCAUUGAUCAGGAGAGACUGUAUCCGGAGAGAUUCGUAGCUGAGCGAGCUCGCAAUCAUAUUGUGGAUCUAACGUCGUGCGGACCUCGUAUUGCCGGGAGUUACGCAAACGAAAACAUUACUCCUCUAGUUCUCAUGACAAAGAUCAAUAAAGUGAUUGAAACGGCGCAUGAGAAUCACAGAGUAGUUUUUAAUGUUACAAGGCAUAGCGGUGCAUUUCCACUCAAAUUUCUUGAUGGCAUGACCAACGUUUAUAGAAAUAUGCAGAAUGUUGUUGUUAAAGUCGCACCUCACAGGCCUACGAUGCACAGCUUGCUGCUUAAUUGUCAUUUUGAUACAUUUAUAGAAAGUCCAGGCGGUUCAGACGAUGCUGCUGGUUGUGCUGUGAUGCUGGAGAUUCUACGAUUAAUUACUCAAAGCCCCAAAAUAUUGAAGCAUAGUAUUAUAUUUUUAUUUAAUGGUGCAGAGGAAAAUAUAUUGCAGGCAUCUCACGGCUUUAUAACACAGCAUCCAUGGGCAAAAGAAGUUCAAACAUUUAUAAAUCUAGAAGCAUGCGGAGCGGGUGGUCGUGAAUUAUUAUUUCAGGCUGGACCUCACAAUCCUUGGAUGCUCGAAGUUUAUGCCAAAUCUGUGCCAUAUCCUUAUGCGUCAUCGUUAGCUCAGGAAAUAUUUGAAAGCGGCAUUGUACCUGGUGAUACAGAUUUUCGGAUAUUUAGAGAUUUUGGAAAAGUCUCUGGCGUCGAUUUUGCAUGGUCAAAGAAUGGCUAUGUAUAUCACACUAAGUUUGAUAAUGUCGAUCAGAUACCACUGGGAGCUUUGCAACGAACCGGCGAUAAUAUUCUCGCAUUAACAAAAGGGAUAGUGUUCGAAGAUCACUUAGCAGAUCCGAGUAUGCAAGACACACGGGGAAAUCUCGUGUUCUUCGAUUUUUUGGGCGCAUUCGUGAUUAGAUGGCCGCAAUACAUCGCCAGUACAGUUAAUAUCGCCAGUUUAAUUAUAGCUGGGUACUCUAUCUAUUUGAAUAUGCAGAAUGCACGUAGAAAUAUUAAAAGAUGGUCGUACAUGAGACAUGUGAUAAUGUGCGUUGGAAUAGUCAUCGUCUCCUGGCUGGCGUCCAUGUUUUCCUGUACGUUAAUCGCCCUGGUCCUGACUAAAUUGGGAAAGGUAAUGAGUUGGUACGCGAGACCGGCAUGGCUAUUUUUUUUAUACAUCUGUCCAACCACUUUUGUGUCGAUGAUUGUAUUUUUACAUAUCGGAUCGAGACAGAGGAAGGAAGUUAGCUCUGCAUGGAUCUUGUAUCAAAUGUACUGUGAUGCGUAUGCCAUAAUAUGGAUGACGAUUCUUUUCGUGUGUGUUUUAUUCGAGAUACGAUCAGGCUUUAUACCGUUGCACUGGGUCUUAUUCCCGGCGAUCGGAAAUAUUAUGCGACAUUAUUUCUUUAGCAAAUGGAAAGACUGGAAAUGGCUUUGUUAUCAUUUGGGAUCAUUGAGCCUGUCUUAUAUACAGUCAUUUUACUUAGCACUCGGCGCUCUCUAUCUCUUUAUCCCAAUAAUGGGAAGGUCUGGCGGCAGUAUUAAUUCCGAAGUUGUAGUGGCUAAUAUGUUGUCAAUAUUAUUCUGCCUGCUGUUUAGUUUCACGUUGCCAAUAGUGCUUCUAAUAAAGAAUGCGGAACGAAUUAUAAAUGUGAUAGUUGGGAUUUUCUUAAUUGCCAUUGCUAUGUUAAUUUUAACACCACUUGGAUUCCCUUACAGUGGUGAUCCAUUAUCGCCUGCUGCAGAACGAUUUAUGAUCGCGCAUACUCGACGUCAGUUUUAUGAUGUAAAUGGUAAUGUUAGAUAUUCUGGUACAGGAUAUUGGUUAGUGAAUUUAGAUAUGAAUAGUCCUCACAGUGUAGAAUCAAUAGUACCUGAAGUGGCUGCCGCGACGCCAACAGUCAGAGAUUGCGAAAAAGAAUUAUACUGUGGUUUUCCAUAUUUAAUGCCAGUCACAACUUUCUUAUGGAAAACGAGUUGGAUUCCUGGACCUGCCCCCAUUAUAAAUAUCCCUACAAAACUCGAGAUGAUUUCAAAGACUGCAAAACAGCACAUGGUUAAUUUUACCUUUAAUGUUACAGGUCCUGAUCAUAUAGGCAUAAUUCUAUCUCCAUAUAAAGGUGUUCACUUAGAAAAGUGGACUGUGAGUGAUGAGAAACCGGUACAAGGUCCAAUGUGGAACGAUAGGGAAACUUACUUCAUUUAUUAUGCAUGUGCCUCAGAUUGUAUGCCAUAUACAUUUUCUAUCGAGUUAAAUAUGUCUACUGCGCAAAAAGGCCCGUGCUUGUCAAUCGCGUUAGCCGGACACAUUUUACACGGCGAUCACCAAAGAUCUCCAAUAUUUGAGAAAUUUUUGGCGCAAUUCCCAUCAUGGACUGUCAUCACUCCCUGGACAGCGACGUAUACAUCAUGGGAAUUUUGCGAACGAGAACGACAGUAGGAUAAUGAUGUGGUAAGCGUGGACUAAAAUGCAAAGCAAUAUUGUCCUACAGAAUAGAGCAUCUCUCGAAUUAACAAAGCAGCCUAAUAACGUGGCUAUAUAACAUCGCUUGAAUAGAUUUAGUCUUUACAUUUCUUAAGGUAUUUCAACAUUCGAAAAAUAUCAAGAAACGUUAACGAAAUACAGUAAAGAAUGAAACGACGAAGUGUUUUCAUUCUGAGUUUAUAUGAAUUUUUUACUAGCGUAUUAUCGUUAACAGAAACGAUGUCAAAUUAGCGUAAGACGUCGAUUUAGAUUUAAAUUAUACGGAAACAUCUUAUCAUUAUAUAAAUAUAUACAUAUAGAGAGGAAGAGAAUGAAAAAGAGACAAGAAGAAAGAUAAUACGAUGGAAAAUAUUUGUCCAAAUACUUUCAAAAGUGAUAGCUACGAUUAUUUUUCGUAGAAAAAUAUACAGUAAUAUUGCAUAUCAUAUAAGCACGAUUUAGAAUAAUUCUACGCACUAUUUUUCGAUAAUUUCGACAAAUAUUAAAUAAAAAAUCAAAAUUUAGAAAUUGAAUGAUGAUAUAGAAACUGUGAUUGCAUGAUAUACGCUCUCUUAGUACACUUCAAAUCUACAGAUUUAAAUAUCGAUACUAGUUCAAGUUACCGUUUCAGGCGAUAAAUCGGCUACUAACAUUACAUGAUUAGCGUAUUGUGCAUGAAUUAUUACAAGAACUGUUUGAAUCGUUUACAGACUGUUUUAUGCUUUUGAAUACCUUAGAGCUUGCGAGUUUGAAAGUUCGCGGUUUAAUCGGCCAUAGCUGCUAUUUGACAUAAAAUACAGCUCAAUGCUGUAAUCACAUCAUCAAAUUUUCCUCGUAAAUAGACAAUAUAAAUGACAAGUAAAUAGUAGUUUACACUUACAUCUUUUAAUACUUUAGAUGCGACAAACAAAAGUUAUCUCAGAUACUAAAAUUAAAUACUAGAAGUUUAAUAUUUUGAAUAG